AUGGCUGCCACCACUCUGCGGGCGGUCACUCAUCGCUUGACAACCACGCCGGUCGAUCAAUUGCCCUUCAUCGCUUCAUUUCUUGCAACUUCGUUGAGCGAUUGCGCCGAACUACUUUCUGCCCCGCAAUCCCAAAAGCCAGGCAAAUCCGACUCUGAAAAUGCAGUUCAGACUCACAAACUCAAGACUCGCCUGGCUAGUUUGCUGCAGGACCGCACUGUGGAGGGUCGCUGGACUGCAGUGGUUCUGGUGAAAGCUACCGUCGAAGCCGGUCAAUGGGAGAUUCUCCGUGGUUACGAGCCGAUUGUUCGCGGUCUGAUUGGAAUUUUAGCGAAACCCGAUCCUGUGUCUACGAGGAAGAUGUGUAUCAUCACAUUGACCCGCAUCUUUCAUCUUACCUACCAGUACCCGACCCUCGUCCGAGAGAUCACGACUCCUCAGCUCCCAGCCUUUUUGAAUGCCGCCUUGAACCUGGUAGGGACUUUGCAAAAGGUCCAGGGGGGCUCGAUCCGCGAGCCGAAGCCCAAUACUCCCUUCAUGGAGACGGUUUUGCACGCCGUUUUGGAGUUGAUUCCGCGUCACCCGACGAUAUUCCGCCCAUUCGCAAGCCAGAUUCGAUCCUUGGUGACCAGUGUUCUGAGUUUCCAGCCACCUGUGUUCUAUUCCGAGCCAGUCAUCGAUGUGGCCAAACAAGUGCUUGUCUCCCUCCACAAAUGUGCACCCAAGGACAAAUCGGGCCCUGCCUGGACAGGAGAUUGCAAAUCUACCAUUGUUUCUGCCCACAGAACAGCCGAUUUCAUCCUGCGGUCUAUUACAGAGCAAUGGGAAUCUGUCGAUUCAACAUUGACAGCACCACGACACAACUACAAUAAAGAAGUCUGGAAUGGAAUGCAUGCUGGAGCUCAAAGGCUGAUCACUCUCUUGGGAAUUCUGUCAGGGUUCGUCUCUACGCCAUCAGCCACUGCGGUUGCUCUUCCCCUAGGCCCCAUUCUGGACUUGACCUCCCGCCUCAACUCUGUGACCGUCCCGGCAAGCGGAGAAGGAUCGUCCACUGUGCAAGCCAAUUCUCAAAUUGGCCGUGAGGAGCGUGAAUUGCUGUUCGCUGAAUUGCCUCGCAUCCACGUUGCUUGUAUGGACCUUUUGGCACACGUUGUGAACAUUCUGGAGAACACUGCUGCUGCGAUCAUGCAAAAUAUGAUGGAUCAAGUCACUUGGGUUUUCCGGAAUGAACGUUUCAGCAGAGACGUGCGUAUGGCUGCCUAUGAUUUGCUUGGCCCUUUAGUCUCUUUGAACGGCCCAGCCAUGACCAAGCAGAGCAUGAGCUCUAUCAUCCCUGCUAUUCACUCUUGUUGUUCUGAGCUCCUCCCAGUCUCUGGAGACUCUGUCGCUCAGGUCAAGGCACAAUCUGACCCCAAGUCCAAGUCGAAGCAGGGCCAAACCUCAGUCAAUGCCGAUGCCUUCUUGAACCCUAGUCUUCAGAAAAACGGACACUCUCAAGAUGCCCACCGUUUUCCCGAGCUCGAACGUGCCGCCUCUGAGCUUUUGCAGAUUGUCCUCGCAUCCGUGCCUUCUGAGCUCCUGGCAUCCGUCCGAACUGAGAUCGACCGCACGAUCAUUUUGACAGCUGACAAGGAUGCAAUGCUCGCCAGUGUCUUGAACCCAGUCCCAGCCGUCAAGGGCCGUGCAGCUGGUGCUAGCAUCAUUCCCUUCUUGGUUCAGGCUCACGCCGAUCAGAUGGAGGUUGAGGCUCUGAUCCGUCCUAGAAUGCCGGUUCUCAUGACUGCUCCAGAACUUGACGCCUUUGCCGACGAGGAAGAUGAAGAAAAUGACGAAGAUAUGGUCGAUGAGUCGUAUCACGUUGCGGCGAGAGCUUCCGAUUUCCUGAAGGAGCCGGUCGUCGCUCCUACCGUGACUCAUAAGACCGAAGCCGCGGCGCCUUUGCACAAGCGGACCUACGUUGAUGAAACCACCACUCAGCCAGCCAGUCUCACUUUGGCCUCAAAACAGCAGUCGCAGACUAAGAAAGCCCGCUUUGAAGAGACCGUCACUUCUUUCGUCUCUCAGCCUGCCAAAAUUGAGGCGACAAUCGGGCCAAAGCCAGUCCAGUCUAUUUCGCAAGUGUCUUCCUCUGCGGUCGCCCCGCAACCCUCCGCUGAUGCAUCCUUGUCUGUGGAUGAUAGUGACGACGAAUUGCCCACUCUAAACAUUGAAUCUGACACUGAUGAUGAGGAUGAUGAUGAUGAGGAUGUUAACAUGGAAGGCUGA